AUGGCGGCGACAGCGGCAAAAAUUCGAGGUCGCAAAGUUAAAAUGAUCACAUCAAAAUCUAUAAAAUCACCAAUUUUCAAAACUUCCAAAAAUAGAAACAGUCAAAGAAACAAGAAUGGAAAUGAACGCCGAGGUAUUAUUUUCAUGGCCAGUCGAGGUCCACCUGGUGGCCAGGGACCACCAGGAACAAUGAAUAACCCAGGAGGUCAAAUGCCAACUGGGGGACAGAUGCCAACUGGGGGACAGAUGCCAACUGGGGGACAGAUGCCAACUGGGGGACAGAUGCCAACUAGGGGACAGAUGCCAACUGGAGGACAAAUGCCAACUGGUGGACAAAUGCCAACUGGUGGACAAAUGCCAACAGCAGGACAGAUGCCAACAGCAGGACAGAUGCCAACAGCAGGACAGAUGCCAAUUGCAGGACAGAUGCCAACUGCAGGACAAAUGCCAACUGGAGGACAAAUGCCAACUGGAGGACAGAUGCCACAAGAACCAGUGUUCCAAACACCAAUUGCAAAAUAA